AUGGAGAAAGAGUCGCAGAAGAUAAACCUGCAGAUAUCAGGCGUGCAUAGUUCGAAAAAAUAUGAUCUGUCUGGUGUCGACACUAUGUCCUCUUUGCAAAUUCGUCCUCAAACAUUACUGCUUGCGGAGAUCCAGAUAAAGUACCCAUAUCUGGCAAAAUUACCUCUCGAGUCGUACUACGAUGUCAGUCCUCGUAUCCUUAUCGGUCUGGACCAUGCUAGACUGGGACAUGCCAUCAAAAGUCGAGAAGGAGGCGACAACGAGCCAAUCGCUGUCAAAACAAGGUUAGGGUGGAUGCUCUUUGGUAAUUGUACCGCCAAAGAAAAGGCUGAGCAGUACGUGAACUACCACAGCGUACAAACGUGCGAGUGCAACCGGCAUCCAGACGAUGACCUACAUAAGAUGGUGAAAACGUACUUCUCACUCGACAGUCUUGGACUCAUAAAACCAGACAAAUUGCUGGUGUCACAUCAAGACCAACGAGCACAAAUGCUCCUGGAUACGCUUACUCGACGUAUAGCUGACCGAUAUGAAUCCGGGCUCCUCUGGAAGUAUGAUGACGUCCGACUUCCGGAUAGUGAAUCGAUGGCGCUGAAGCGGUGGAGGUGUCUAGACAAUCGUAUGAGGAAGGAUCCUGUUCUAGCCGAGAUGGUAAGGGCAAAAAUUGAUGACCACGUUAGCAAAGGCUACGUAAGGAAGUUAACCGUUGAAGAGUUGCAAUCGCCAAGCCCUCGUGUGUGGUACCUUCCGAUUUUCCCGGUCGUCAACCCAAACAAACCGGGUAAGAUUAGGCUCGUUUGGGACGCAGCAGCCACCGUCCACGGAUUGUCCCUCAAUAGUUUCUUGCUGAAAGGUCCUGACCAGCUGACAUCUCUUUUAUCCGUGUUGGUGCAGUUCCGAGAGUUUCGGAUAGCAGUGUGUGGUGACAUCCGCGAGAUGUUUCACCAGGUGAUGAUGAGAAUUGAGAACCAGCACUGCUUACGCUUCUUCUGGAAAGACAAUGAUCAUGCUACGGAGCCGAACAUCUACGUAGUACAGGUGAUGACCUUCGGUGCCUGCUGCUCGCCGAGUACCGCACAAUACGUAAAGAACAGAAAUGCCAAGAGCUUCGAACGAGAUCAUCCCGAAGCUGUCGACGCUAUAGUCAACCGACAUUAUGUGGACGAUAUGCUUGUGAGCGUGGAGUCUGUGGAGAAAGGAAUCCAGCUUGUACAGGACGUCAAAAAGAUCCACGCAGCAGCUGGGUUCGAAAUGCGGAACUGGAUAUCUAAUUCUAGUAGCGUUCUGGCAGCGGUUAGUGAGGAAAUAACGAAUGAGAAGAACCUUGAUAUCGGAGACGAAUGCGUAACCGAAAAAGUCCUUGGCGAUCUGGAGAACGUCUGUUGGGAUGAUCCGAUCGAGGACUUGCAGUACGACAAGUGGCUGUCUUGGUUGGCAAUUUUUCCGCAGAUAACAACCGUUGAAAUACCACGCUGCUACCGAGUGCUAACACCCGCAGAAGCCGGUACCGAUGUACAAUUGCAUACAUUCGUUUAUGCAAGUGAGAACGGCUUUGCUGCGGCGGUAUAUUUACGAUUCGAGAAUGGCGAUACUGUUGAAUGUUCGCUAGUAAGUGCCAAAACAAGAGUUUCUCCACUCAAAUUUUUAUCGAUUCCUCGAUCCGAAUUGCAAGCGGCAGUUAUAGGCGUGCGGCUUGCAGAUACUAUUUCAAAAUCGCUCUCAAUCCACGUUACGCAGCGGACGUUCUGGACAGAUUCCAAAGACGUACUCUGUUGGCUCCGUUCGGAUCACAGACGAUACACUCAGUUCGUUGCAUUUCGGGUCAGCGAGAUACUCGAAACGACAGAGAUAUUCGAGUGGCGAUGGGUUCCGACAAAACACAACGUAGCUGAUAAAGGAACGAAGUGGAAGCGAGCGCCUAACUUGGCUAGAAACAGUCGCUGGUUCCGUGGACCGGAGUUCCUUUUGCUCAAAAAAGAAAACUGGCCUGAGAAUCCAUUUCCUGGAAGAACCACCAAUGAGGAGCUUCGACCGCAUCUCCUCGUUCAUACUCGACCCAGGGGUUCGCCAAUUUGUCCCCAGAAUUAUUCCAAAUGGAUCAUUCUUCUACGCGUAACGGCCUAUGUGAUGCGCUACAUUCGCAACCUAAAACUUAGUUGCUACGGAAAACAACGAGUACUCGGGCCACUGCAACGACAAGACUUUAUAGACGCGGAAAACCAUCUGUUUCGCUGUGCUCAGUCCGCCGUUUUCGCAGAGGAAAUAGCUAUCUUCGAGAAGAACCGUUUGCUGAAGAGUUCAGCUAAAAGCAUUCCCAGAUCUAGUCUGCUCUACCAGUGGUGUGCCUUUCUGGAUGAGAAUGAAGUUCUUAGAGUUAAAGGCCGAACGAUGGCCUGUGCGUUCGUCGAUCGAGAUGCAUUUGAACCGGUGAUACUUCCCCGCGACCAUCCUGUAACCCGCCUCGUCAUCUCCGCCAUACAUGAGCGAUUCAACCAUCAGAAUCACGAGACAGCGAUGAACGAAAUACUCCAACGCUACCGUAUUCCUCAUCUGAAGACAACAUACCGAAAAAUGCGGAAAGACUGCCAACAGUGUAAGAUCCUUCUCGCAAAACCACAACCUCCAGAAAUGGGCAAUCUUCCUCCUGCUCGUCUAGCUGCCUUCGCUCGUCCAUUCACUCACACGGGUGUGGACUAUUUCGGUCCAAUAUUGGUGUCGAUUGGAAGACGAACCGAGAAACGGUGGGGGGUUCUCGCCACCUGCUUAACCACUCGUGCCAUUCACCUGCAGAUCGCUCAUACACUGACCACUGAUUCCUGCAUAAUUGCCAUUCGCAACAUCAUGGCUAGGAGGGGUAUUCCGGCGGCGAUCUACAGCGACCGUGGAACUAAUUUCCGAGCUGCAAGCAAAGAGUUGCAGAGUGCAAUAGAAAACCUUGAUCACGAUGCACUAUUGAAGGAGUUCACCUCGAGUCACACCGAGUGGUUUUUCAACCCUCCUGUCACGCCCCACAUGGGUGGAGCGUGGGAGCGUCUGAUCCGGAGUGUCAAGCAGAACCUUGGUCGAUUAAAGUCUAGCAGGCUGUUGACACACGAAGUACUGGAAAACGCAUUGCUGGAAAUCGAAAAUAUUAUCAAUUCUCGUCCUCUGACCAACAUUCCAAUUGAUGGCGACGAUUCGCCGGUGUUGACGCCCAACCACUUCCUAGUGGGGUCAGCUAAUGGCCUGAGAUCUUGGGUUCCUCUGAAUGACAGCCCUGUCUUGCUUAGGAACAGCUGGAAGCAAUCACAAUUUCUAGCGGACUUAUUCUGGAAGCAGUGGGUUCGCGACUAUCUGCCUACGAUAACUCGUAGGACCAAAUGGCUCACACCAGUAAAACCGAUUACAGUUGGAGAUGUGGUAAUCAUCGUUGAUCCAAAGUUUCCUCGAAAUUGCUGGCCGAAAGGCCGAGUGAUUGCUAUGUGUCAGGCCCCAGACGGUCAGGUAAGAUGGGCCACUGUGCAGACUGCUUCAGGUGGCAUCUACGAGCGGCCUGCGGUGUCCUUAGCAGUAGUCGACGUAGGCGCUGAGACGAACACGCUUCAGAAGUAG